AUGGAUAGCGACUGGCCUGGUCAACGACAUACGCCCACUUUCACUCUCUCCGAUUCGACAGAUGGGCCGGCUUUCGCGUCGCCGCUGGGAACUGCCAGCUGGAACCACGAUGGGUUUUCGCAUGACCCGGGAUUCCUGGCGUCCCAGGAAGAGCUGCGAUGCAUACUCUUCACGAUCGCACAGUCUGCAGCACCAACACGGGCGGUGAGCCCGGCUGCACAGGAAUACACGAGAGAGCACCCGCCCGAGGCAGAGCGCGUACCGCUCCGACCGGCACUUUCCAAAACCCAGCGAGUGGAAUACUUGAAAAAUUAUGUUGGCCAAGUGGCUCCAUGGCUUGACAUGUUCGACUCGCAAUGUACCUUUCGCGUCCAGAUUCCUGCCCUCGCUCGUACUUUCCCGGCACUGCUCUAUGCGAUUCUUGCAAUAUCCGCUCGCCAGAUGGAACGAAAAGAAGGGAAACAAGAUUCCUUCGAUAGCAUCGAAUUGUACCAGGAGGCUAUUCGUUUGCUGAGCCCGCUGUUGCAAAGCCCGGACCCAAAGGUUGUCGCGGUUUGUGUGCUGCUACGUUGUCUAGAAAUGAUGUCUGCCCGUGCCCAAGACUGGCGUCGUCAUUUGGAGGGACGCACUGCGCUCUUCGAUGCUUUUGGGAUCAAUGGAUUUAGCAGAGGGUUGCUACAAGCAAUCUUCUGGUGCUAUGUGCGCAUGGAUAAGCAAGUAAGCACCCUUCUUCGGCCGAGCAAGUGGCUUGCGCCCGACUGUCACGAAGACGACGCUGCCCAACGCUUUAAAGCUGCUCAAUCUCCUGAUAUGCAGGCUAACUAUGCCGGUUAUCUUUGUGCGAAAACGUGCGAGUUGGUCUCCGAUCGCACCCAGUUCGUGGCAUUGGCCACGCCGAAUGAAUGUACCGGAGAGACCUUUCAUCAUCGUUGGUUUCGGAUCUGGGAUGACUUGCAACAGUGGUUUCAUAAUCGCCGAAUGGAAUUGUUGCCGGUGCACACCACUCAUACGAAGCCAUUCCCGCAGUUCCUAUUUCUGCACUGGGCGGCCAUCUCCUCAAACCAUUUUCUCACACUGCUUGCAUCUUGCUUUUGA